AUGGAGGCUCGAGCCGCGACCGACCCUAAAGUCGCCGCGGAGAGCGAGCGGCUGCUGAGGGAGCUGACGAGGCGCGAACAGGAGGGUUCCCUCUCGACGGAGGGACGACGCCGCCCGGACGAGUCGGGAGCGCCCGGCGCCGCCGACCAGGGGAAACGCGGCGCAUCGGAACGGUUCGAUUUCGACGCGGGUAUUUACGCGCAGCGUAAGCGACUGCCCGCGUGGUCCAAACGCGAGGAACUCUUAGAAGCGGUUCGCGCCAACCAGGUCGUGAUCGUCGCCGGAGAGACUGGGUGCGGCAAGACGACCCAGCUGCCGCAGUUCAUACUGGACGACGCCAUCGCGCGGAACGAGGGCGGCCGGUGCAGUUUGAUUUGCACGCAGCCGAGGCGCAUCUCCGCCACGUCCGUGGCGUCGCGAGUGGCGCAGGAGCGAGGCGAAAAACUCGGCGCCAAGGGUACCACCGUCGGGUACAAGAUUCGUCUGGAGAGCGUCGCGUCCGAGUCGACCAGGAUCCUGUUCGUCACCACCGGCGUGCUGCUCCGAAGGCUGGCGGAAGAUCCGCUGCUCGCGGGGGUGUCGCACGUCAUCGUCGACGAGGUUCACGAGCGAUCGCUCGAUUCAGACUUUUUGCUCGUCCUGCUGAGGGACGUGCUCCCGCACAGGCCCACGCUGCGGGUCGUCCUGAUGUCGGCGACGCUGAACGCCGCCGCGUUCGGCGCCUACUUUGCGGGCGCCGCGGUGGCGACCAUCCCGGGCUUCACGCAUCCCGUGCAGGAACAUUACCUGGAGGAUAUCCUGCAGGUGACUGGCUACGUUCCCGACCGCGGAUCUGAUUGCAUGCGCAACUCAAAGGGCAACUCGGGGACAAACGGGGACAAAAGAGACGGGGACAAAACGGCGGGUGCCUCGCAUCGUCCACACCCCGCGCGCGAGGCCGAGUUCAUCGCGGCACUGAGCCGUCGCGGGUACCUCCCGUCGGUGUGCGACGCGCUGAGGGCGAUUGACCAGUCCGUGAUUGACUACGAUCUCGUGACGAGGCUCGUGGAGCACGUGUGUGCUUCGAUGGAACCCGGCGCGAUUUUGGUGUUCAUGCCCGGCCUCGCGGAGAUUUCCAAGCUGCACGAAAGCCUCGGCACGAACCCCACCGUUCGCGCAGCCACCGGUAACGGCAAAUACCUCAUAGGCCUGCACAGCACGCUGAGCACGGCGGAGCAACGGACGAUUUUCGAGCACCCGCCGGGCGACACUCGCAAAAUCGUCAUCGCCACGAACAUCGCCGAGACUUCCAUCACCAUCGACGACGUCGUGUACGUCGUGGACAGCGGCAAGUGCAAGGAGAACGGGUACGAUCCGAACACCCGCAUGCAGCUCCUUCUCGAGCGGUGGGUGUCCCGAGCCAGCGCGAAACAGCGGAGGGGUCGAGCGGGGAGGGUCCGGCCGGGUCGAUGCUUCCGGGUGUACACCAGACAGAUGCACGACGAGGUUUUCGACGAGCACACCAUGCCGGAGAUCAAGCGCGUGCCCCUGGAGGGCCUCUGCCUCCAGAUCCAGCUCCAGAGAAUGUCCGGGGGCAUCGCCGGUUUCCUCGGCAAGGCGCUGGAGCCCCCCGAGGAGGACUCGAUCAAGUCGGCGAUUAAGACGCUGCGACAAAUCGGAGCGCUCGACGAAAAGGAGAACCUCACGAGCCUGGGCCAGCACCUGGCGUCGUUGCCGGUCGACGUCAGGGUGGGCAAGAUGCUCCUUUACGGCGCCGUCCUCGGGUGCCUCGGCCCCGUGCUGACGAUCGCCGCGGUGUUGGGCGGACGGUCGCCGUUCGUCGCGCCGUUGGACAAGCGCGAGGACGCCGACGCCGCCAAGCGAAUGUUCGCCGAGGAUCAGAGCGAUCACCUGACGAAUUUGAACGCGUUCAACGCGUGGCUGGACGCGAGGGCGCUGGGAAAAGGCGCGGAGAUGGCGUUCACUCGCGAUAACUUUCUCAGCUUCAGGACCUUAGAGGGCAUCGCGGACCUCAGAGCUCAGUUCGCUCAGUUGCUCCACGAGGCGGGGUUCCUCGGGACCGACGGCAAGCGCUGGGGUCGGCGCGGGGCUCCUCCGCCGGAUGACCCGAUUUGGCUCGACGCGAAUCGCAACUCGAACAACACCCGGCUCGUCAAGGCGGUCCUCGUCGCGGGACUGUAUCCGAACCUCGUCAAGGUGGGGACACCGCACAAGCCCUCGGCGCCGCCCAAACUCCACUACCUGUCGGACGAGGGAAAGGAGGAGAUGUUGCAGGUGCACCCGAGCUCGGUCAACUACGGCGCCAAGCGAUUCGGCUCGCGGUGGCUCGUGUAUCACGAGCGCGUCCAAACCACGGGUGUGUACGUCCGAGACUGCUCCACGGUGACGCCCUAUCAACUGUUACUCUUCGGAGGUAAGAUCGAGGUGCGACACGCCGAGGGAACGCUGUCGCUUGACAGGUGGGCCACGUUCAAGGCUCCCGCUCGCGUGGGCGUGCUGCUGAAGGAGAUUCGGGCCAGGCUGGACGGCGUGCUGCGGGACAAGAUCGAGCGACCGGACGAGGACGUGUUCGCCAGCGGCGGGCCUGUCGUGGAGGCGAUCCUGCAGCUGCUCAACACCGAACCGGCGACGGCGGCGCCGACGAACCCGAACAGCGUGUACUCGUGA